UUGUAAUGUAACUUCCGAUGUAACCCUAAAAUUUUUAAAAUUUCUUAAAAAUAGUCUUUUAAUUAUGUUAACAAAUAACUUAAUAAAAUCGCCACUUCGAGUAUUUUUGCGUAAAUACUCGAAGGUGGCCCCAAAACCCUUGAUUAUUACGGAUAAAGACGUUCUAAAGGAUAUCGAACAGGAAACUUAUAAACCCAGAAGACAUCCUGGCGUAAAUAAAGUUAAAACAGCCUCUCUACCAGAAUAUUAUAUCAAAUCAAUUGAAAAUGUUAUAGAAGAUUUUCCAUUAAAGACCCUUGUUGAGGCGACUAACAAAUUAUCAGCACACUUAAGUCGAAGAUUCCCCCCAAUCGAAGUGGGAGACUAUAAAGAAAGAGUUAAAGGUAUUAAAGAAAAGGUAUUAAACAAACACAAGGACUUCAAAGUAGAAUGCGAAGAAGAUGAAAGGAAAUUAAAACAAAUGGUCGAAGACAAAACAAACUCUCUUAUAAAAAAGACAGUUUAUAAUUGGAAGCCUAUUAAAUACGACGUAUACACUUCUCUUGUGUAUUUGCUGACAAGAUCAGCCGCAGAAUAUGCUGUUCUGUUAAAAAUUUUUGGGGAAAUAAAUCAGAGGGAUCCUGAAUUUGUACCUAGAAGUUUUUUCGAUUUUGGGUCAGGUGUUGGUACUGGAACUUGGGCAGUAAAUAAUUAUUGGAAAAACAUAUUUGAAUAUUUCAAUGUCGAUGUCUCAUCUGAUAUGAACGAUUUGGCACAAAUAUUACUUCAAGGAGGUAGAAGUACUGGCAACUCAUCACUAAAAGGCACUUUUUACAGGCAGUUUUUGCCAGGAAGGGGUAAUAGUUAUGAUAUUGUUCUUUCGGCGUAUUCUUUGCUAGAACUUCCUUCCUUGGAAUCCAGGAUGCAAACUGUAUUGAAUUUGUGGAACAGAACACAAAAAUACUUGAUUAUUGUGGAGCAGGGUUCGAAUGCCAGUUUUCGGGUUGUCAAUGAAGUCAGAGACUUUCUCCUACAAGUCAACAGCAAUGUACAAAGCUGUCACGUUUUUAGCCCGUGCCCACAUGACAUGGAAUGCCCCAGAUUACUAGCAAAUGAUGGGACACCCUGUAAUUUUGAAGCGUCAUAUUAUUCACUCCCUAUUGGUAAAAAACUGGAAGUUUUUAAAGAAAAAUAUUCGUAUGUCGUUCUUAAAAGAGGACCUAGAUUGGAAAAUGAUAAUAAAUGGCCUAGAAUAGUAAGACCUACAUUAGUUAGGAACAAGCAUAGUAUUUGCAGGGUGUGUACAGCAAAUGGGAAAUUAGAUGAACUGAUUUUUACAGCCAAAAGACAUGGAAAAAUGACUUAUCAUUGUGCCAGGUCCUCAAAAUGGGGCGAUUCAUUACCUUUAACCCUAGAGUAUCAAAAUAAUAAGCCAGAUGAAAACGAAUAAAACUAAAAUAAGAUAUAUUUCAAGACUGAAAAUAUUUUUUUAUUCUUUUUUUGUAAAUGUGUACAUAUGAAAUAAAACAAUUAUUAAAUAUUAGUGAGUUUUUUUAUUAUAAUAUAAUAAUUGUAAAUUUAAAAUUGUGAUAAAUCUAUCAAAUUAUUUACCUAUUAGGUCAAGAAUAAUUUAAUACAUGUAUGUAUUAUAAUUAUUAGUUUCCUUUAUAAAACGAUUUCGAAUAUAAAAAAAUGACUCGUAAAUAUGGUCAAAUAUACUAGAUGGCACAAAGAUUACAAAAA